GGAGAGAGAGAAUGCGAGUGUGUGAGAGAGAGGGGGAAUGACCGAGAAAUAGUACAGGGAGAUAUAGACAACAGAGAGGAGAUAGGAGUGUUGUGGAAUAAACAAGUGCAUACCCAGCAGGUUAUGAAGAGGACUAGUAGGAGUAGAACACCAGAGCAGACCUGGACUAGUUGAGCAGGUGAAUUGCUAGCUGACCUGGUGGAAUACAGCACUGAAAGCAACCAUCUUCACUUGGGCCAACUUGGUCCAGUAUCUGGACGACCAGGUCAAGUUGGGGGUACAGUAGCUGGCUGGCUGAAGAGGCCAUUUUAGCAACCAUCUUCACUUCAUCCAAACUCCCCAGGUAGAGCCAAGAUGGCGGACAGUGGCGGCGAGCCUAACCUGCAGUCCUACAUUAUGGACGAGGAAACUCUGAAGAGGAAGCAGAAGGAGAAGCUGAAGAAGCUCCUGGCCACAGGGGGAAACCCUCGGCCCGCACGCUCCCUCUUCUUCCUCACACUGAAGAACCCCUUCCGCAAGGCUGCCAUCAACAUUGUGGAAUGGAAGUAUCCUUUAGGGGUCAGGGGUCAAAGGUCAGGGGUUAGGGGUCAGGAGGGUGUGGGAACAGGUAACGGCUGUCACUAGAUAACCAUGCUCAAAUUACGUAGCUUCGUCCCAGAUCUGUUUGUGCUGUCUUGUCAACACAGCUGGCUAGAUAUGAAAGGUUUGGCCACUGACUUUUAAACCAUGAAGCAUGGUCAAGCUUUUAGACAUUUGUGGUUUGAAUGCACUGCACUUCCAUUGUUUCUAACAUGGCCAAAUAGUGAAGCCUGUCUGUGGAUUGGUGGUAUAGUAAAUGACUGUUUAUGACAUUGAUACAUUUGGUCUUGUAUUAAUGGUCAAUGCAACCCAGCAGUGUUUCGCACAUCGUGCCCCAAGCCCAGUUUCUAUUGAGGUUAUGGAUAACAACUGGGUUGUUAGAGAGUUAAGGCUUUGUGUAUUUGGUGGAUGAAAGAGAAGUCUUUGAAUGGGUGGUAGCAGCAGAGCGUCUGGGAACAACUGCUUCAGGGAUCUGAGGAAUGGCUGACUUAGUGAUGACUCAACACUUUAUAAAGCAUCUCUCGUUGAGUCUUGUAUUGUCUUGUAUUGAAUAACCAUAUCUAUGUAUAGCCAUAGAGUUAUAAUCACUCUGAUAUGGUCACACAUUAUAAUCACUGGACACAGCCCUUACAUUUUCCGGUGGUCCAGUCCAGUAUGCAGACCUGCUGAACUGUAGAGUGGCUUGAGCACCAGAGCAACAGGUUGAUAUCCCUGCUAAAUCAACAGCUAUUGGCACAAACUAUAGGUUUUAGAACAACAUGCCGUAGCAUCAGGAUAGAGUGGAGAUGACCCAUAUUGGGUUGUGACUGGGAGACAACAUACAGAGUACAUUUCUGUUAGAAUCAUCUUGUAAAUGCAAAUGGUCUUGAGGACAAAUCCACCACAGCUCAGAAUCACUUUUUAACCCUGUGCAUACCAUGAAUCCCACAUCCAAGGUUACAGUUCUGUUUUGGUAGUGAGUAAUGACUGUGGCUGCAGUAAUGGUCCACUGAGAUGUGUUAUAAUCCAGUGAAGCUGUUGAUGGAAAUAUGUAAAAUAUGAGUUUGUUCAAGCGGCGUGAUGAUAUUCCUGGGGAUGGAUGGACAGCUGUCCUCCCACGUCACAGCCUAAAAACAGACACGCUAAGCUAAGAGAAUGCUGCCUCAGACACAGACUGGUGGUGGAACUAGGUACUGCAGUUUGAGAGGGGAACAGCAUGAUUACUAUAAUAAUGUAGUUGUAGUAGGUUAUCCAUGGUGUUACCCUGAUUACAGCUUUGUAUUAUUACACACCCAGGAGUGCAAUAUUGCACAGUAUUGACCGUUUGAAUGUGCUGUACUGAAGGGACCCAGAUAUUUGAACUCGCCACCAUCUUUACCACAGGUGCCAACAUAAAUAGAUCAAAUUUUCUUCUAACUGAUCCAUUGUUGGCCUCAAAUGUCUUCCAGUGUGUUUUAGAUAGCCCUGGCUAUAUGGGAGAGUCCCUAUUGAGGGGUUGCACAUACAUCAGUUAAACUGAAAUAGACUCACUUUAUUGAUGUGUUUGACAUUUUAUGAUUCAGAUGCAUGGCCAAGAUUGCUAGUUAUGGUUACUCUGUCAAUAGUUAUCCUGUAACUGAUACAAAACUAGCCCAAGCACUAGUUUACUGUAAUAUGAAGUCUACGGUGGCAUGUUAAACCAUACACCUUAUGGCUACUUAGAUAGUGUACUUCAUCUAAUAGGUGGGUGAGGUUGAAAGAUCUCAUUGAGAUGCAUGUGUACUUCCUGUAGGCCUCGAAUGGUGGAAUAGCUAUCCAUAUCCAUCCAUAUACAGUGGGGAAAAAAAGUAUUUAGUCAGCCACCAAUUGUGCAAGUUCUCCCACUUAAAAAGAUGAGAGAGGCCUGUAAUUUUCAUCAUAGGUACACGUCAACUAUGACAGACAAAUCGAGAAAAAAAAAUCCAGAAAAUCCCAUUGUAGGAUUUUUAAUGAAUUUAUUUGCAAAUUAUGGUGGAAAAUAAGUAUUUGGUCACCUACAAACAAGCAAGAUUUCUGGCUCUCACAGACCUGUAACUUAUUCUUUAAGAGGCUCCUCUGUCCUCCACUCGUUACCUGUAUUAAUGGCACCUGUUUGAACUUGUUAUCAGUAUAAAAGACACCUGUCCACAACCUCAAACAGUCACACUCCAAACUCCACAAUGGCCAAGACCAAAGAGCUGUCAAAGGACACCAGAAACAAAAUUGUAGACUUGCACCAGGCUGGGAAGACUGAAUCUGCAAUAGGUAAGCAGCUUGGUUUGAAGAAAUCAACUGUGGGAGCAAUUAUUAGGAAAUGGAAGACAUACAAGACCACUGAUAAUCUCCCUCAAUCUGGGGCUCCACGCAAGAUCUCACCCCGUGGGGUCAAAAUGAUCACAAGAACGGUGAGAAAAAAUCCCAGAACCACACGGGGGGAUCUAGUGAAUGACCUGCAGAGAGCUGGGACCAAAGUAACAAAGCCUACCAUCAGUAACACACUACGCCGCCAGGGACUCAAAUCCUGCAGUGCGAGACGUGUCCCCCUGCUUAAGCCAGUACAUGUCCAGGCCCGUCUGAAGUGCAUUUGGAUGAUCCAGAAGAGGAUUGGGAGAAUGUCAUAUGGUCAGAUGAAACCAAAAUAUAACUUUUUGGUAAAAACUCAACUCGUCAUGUUUGGAGGACAAAGAAUGCUGAGUUGCAUCCAAAGAACACCAUACCUACUGUGAAGCAUGGGGGUGGAAACAUGAUGCUUUUGGGCUGUUUUUCUGCAAAGGGACCAGGACAACUGAUCCGUGUAAAGGAAAGAAUGAAUGGGGCCAUGUAUCGUGAGAUUUUGAGUGAAAACCUCCUUCCAUCAGCAAGGGCAUUGAAGAUGAAACGUGGCUGGGUCUUUCAGCAUGACAAUGAUCCCAAACACACCGCCCGGGCAACGAAGGAGUGGCUUCGUAAGAAGCAUUUCAAGGUCCUGGAGUGGCCUAGCCAGUCUCCAGAUCUCAACCCCAUAGAAAAUCUUUGGAGGGAGUUGAAAGUCUGUGUUGCCCAGCGACAGCCCCAAAACAUCACUGCUCUAGAGGAGAUCUGCAUGGAGGAAUGGGCCAAAAUACAAGCAACAGUGUGUGAAAACCUUGUGAAGACUUACAGAAAACGUUUGACCUGUGUCAUUGCCAACAAAGGGUAUAUAACAAAGUAUUGAGAAACUUUCGUUAUUGACCAAAUACUUAUUUUCCACCAUCAUUUGCCAAUAAAUUCAUAAAAAAUCCUACAAUGUGAUUUUCUGGAUUUUUUUUUCUCAUUUUGUCUGUCAUAGUUGACGUGUACCUAUGAUGAAAAUUACAGGCCUCUCUCAUCUUUUUAAGUGGGAGAACUUGCACAAUUGGUGGCUGACUAAAUACUUUUUUUCCCCACUGUAGCUUGGUUAGGUAUUAUCAGUGUGUUCCUGAGUGUUUGAAAAAGAAAGGAAAAUACCCCACACAGCAUCUUAUUGUAUAUUUAAAAAUGAUAUUAUUUCCUACACCCUGCAGUUCUGUCAUCUGCUGGAUGUGUAUAAUGUCGGUUGAACCUUUCCUGAGUGUUCCCCUUCAGACCGUUUGAGAUCAUCAUCCUGCUGACCAUCUUUGCCAACUGUGUGGCCCUGGCUGUGUUUCUGCCUAUGCCUGAGGAGGACAGCAAUAACACCAACAGCAACCUGGUGAGUAUGGACCCAGUACCCACCAUUUCAUAUGGAUUGAAAGUGAUGGAGAUCGUGAUGCUACUAGUUGUGGUUUAAUUAAUGUAGGUUGAGAAACAGGGUUCUCUUUCAAAUACUUGUUUCGAUGUCUCACUAUGGGAUUCGCUGUCGGAGAUAGACAGGUCGAGUUGCGAAUGAGGUGAGCCCCUCCCUCUUUAUAAGGUGCCACUCGCCCCACCCUCUGGUCAUUAUCGCUUUCUUCCUUGCGAAGAUCAAUACGCUCUCUGAAGCUCUCCUCAGCACGACUUGACCCCUGUCUUCCUGCUUAACUGUUCUCAGGCGAACCGCAAGGUUAACGCUGCCAAACGUAGGACCUCAGCUCUCGCUCUUUGUGUUGAGUAUUGACCGAAAGGAACGUUUUUGCUUAGAGUAUAAUUUGUUUUCAAAGUAUUCUACUCAUUCUAAGUCUCCGGUUGCAGCUAGCGUCACACGGCUAGCUACUGAGACUUGGCUAGCGCAAGCCGCAAGGCCUAUCUAACCCGGCUAGCUAUAACUAGCUUUGCAGCUACACGCGGCUAGCACUCACUUAACCCAAGUCUACAACCUUUAUGUUUUCUUCUCUGAGUUAUGGAACCUGCUACCCGAGCAGGGCCCCUGCCCUAGCACCACACACCUGUGUCCAUGCAGGGCCAUGAUAGCAGGCAAGGAUACACACUCCUUGUGUAUCACCUGCUUGGUGGUUGAGCAUGCCAAAGUAGCACUCACUAACCCUGAGUCCUGUGUGCAUUGUAGGAAGAUGCCUAAGACCGGCCUCAAACGGACCGUUCUCCCUCACAGCCUGAGGGCAAUGAGGCUACCCCGCAACCCCAACCCUCCUGGGCUGAGGUAAUGGAUGGUUUUGAAGACCUAGCAGCGGGGAAGGGGGGAGGGGACAUCUCGAGGCCCUCUAGCACCCUAAGCACAGCAUCUUUACCCAGACAACAAAAUGUCGGGCUCAUCGAUACCUGCAGGCGGGCAGCGACCAGGCUCAAUAUUGAGUGGCCUGUACCCGUGGGGCGUGAAAGGGACUGGCUCAAUGGGAGGAGGACUGUCUCAAUGGGAGGAGGCUCCCCUCUCACACCAUCCCAGGGAAACAACUCCUCCCAGCAGUCCCAGCUUGUGUGGCGGAAAACCCUGUCUUGCAAGGUCCUGACCAGACACUUAGUCGGAAUGGACAUGAAGGGUAUGGAGAACCCGGUGGUUGAGCCAUCCAUGCCUCGUCACUGUCCAGCACAACUCUCCCUGGAAAGACGGAGCGCUUUUCUGUCUCCAUCUUCCAGAAGGUGUAUGUGUAGGCGGCACGUUCAGUACGGGCGUUGAAAGUUACGUCCCUACUGAUGGCUUAUCAGAAUGGUUUGUUGCCAUUGGCACAGCCAACUCCGACUUCUGGGAGGAGAUCUGCGUUGUAGCAGACCUCAACCUCUGGGCCUCCAUACAAGGCUGUGGGUGUGCCAUGAGCCUCGCUGUGGGGGAGGAGAGAGCCCUAUGGUUAAAAUUGUCCAGCUUGUCGGACAAGGAGAAAGCAGAUUUCCUUGACGCUCUGAUCGAGCCUAAGGAACUGUUUUGGCCGGCUGUCACCACCAUGCGGCGGAAAUGCGAACAUUGAAAGAAGGAGGGCGAAGCCUUCGACUUCUGCCUGCCCUGCAGAUCCGGGUACCAUGGCAACCCGGUCUACCCUUCCACAAGCCAAGGCUUCGCGGCAGGGAGAGGGCAGCACACUGGCUCCAGCGGUAGAGUGGGGCAGCCAACAGUUCACACCAUGUCCUGGCCUGUUCCCUCUCAGGUGGAGCACAGACUUUCCCCCCACAUCACUAUGGGGAAGAGGCACAUCCGUGCUCCUUAAAUCCUAUCCCCUGUGCAAUGGCUCAUUCCUAUGCGUCUGCUCACAGGGAAGGCGAAGGGAGCUCACUCAACCCCCAAGUGCCCUCCUUGCCACAGAGCAAAAAUACAACAAAAGGGCGACUCGUCACCACUGGUGAGCAAGAGUCAUCUAACUUGUGGGCGACUUGCUGCAAGAGCAGGGAACUGCAAAAUGCGCAGUCCAGCCCAGGGUCUUGUCCGCAGUUCGCUAUGAAGCCACCCGUUUUCAACGGAAUUCUGAAUUCAGUAGCAAGUAAUGACUCAGCUCGCAUGCUAGAGCAGGAAAUCUCCUAUCAAUUGAGUAAAGGGGCAAUCAGAGCUAUACCAGCCGCAGAGAGCCAUUUCGGUUUCUACUCCCGGAACUUCCUGGUUCUCAAUGCCACUGGUUCACUUCAGUCGACCUACAGGACACUUAUUUUCACAUAAGUAUUCUGCCAGCACACAGAAGGCUUUCUCGGGUUUGCCUUUCAGGGCUCUGUAACACUUUAUUUGGAUAGUCCAUCUGUAGAUGCUCUACAGACUAUCUACAGACAAUCAGUAACAUUUCAACUAUCUACUAACUCUAACCCUAGCCCUAACCUUAAACCUUAUCCUAACCCUAAACUUAACUCUUAACUCUUACCCUAAUCCUAACCUUAAACUUAACCCUUACCCUAACCCUUAUUCGAAACCUAACCCUAACCCUAACUGUAACCUUAGUAAGCAGUUGCUUACCAACAGAUAGUUUGUUGAUAGUAUGACCAUCUGUAGAUAUCUGUAGACCAUCUGAUACAUAUGGACUAUCCGGACUAUCCAAAUAAAGUGUGACCCAGGGUAAAGCCAACGAAUACCUCGCUGUCCCCUUCGGGCUAGCACUAGCUCCCUGGACGUUCAGCAAGUGUGUGGAGGCGGCUCUAGCGCCCCUGAGAAUCAGAGGACUCAGAGUCUAUGCCUACAUAGACAAUUAUCUGUUUUGCUCCACGACACAGAAGCAAGCAGUACGGGACACGGCUUCCCUAGGUUUCAAGAUCAACCAGAAAAAGAGCUGUUUGGUGCCAACACAGAGAAUAGAAUACCUAGGCGUCAAGCUGGACGACGAUACGACUCUGGUGGCAUACAUCAACCGCCAGGGCGGCACCCACUCUCAGCAUCUACACAGACUAGCUGUCAAGAUUGUUCUGCGGAGCAUACCUACUUUCACUAUGCGUGACUCAUGUCCCGGGUGUACAGGGAAUCCCCUGUACAGGGAUUGGAGACUCCAUCCCCCAGUGGAGAACCAGAUCUGGGUGAGAUAUGGUCGAGCCACCGUAGAUCUCUUCGCAUCGCACAAAGAUGCACACUGCCCGUUGUUCUUAGUGCUGGCAGGAGACGCAUCACUAAGGGUGGACGCACUGGCACACCCUUGGCCAAGGGUGAUGCUCUACAGCUUUCUUCCCCUAGGCCUGAUACUCCCUACUCUAGUCUACUCAUCUUGGUAGCCCCUUGAUGGCCAGGGAAGCUCUGCUUCUUCUCCAAGCUAAUGGAGAGAUUUUCCACCCUCACCCAGAAACCCUGGCCCUUUGGCCCUGGCCCAUGAAUCUGAAUGCGACAGGCUUGCCAUUCAGAGUAAUUGAGACUAUCCAGAGUGCCAGAGCACCUUCUACAUGCUCACUGUAUGGUAACAAGUGGUGCAUUUCUUAAGUGGUGUGAGCUAAGGCAGAUCAUUCCUUACCAAUGCUCUGCAUCCGAGAUCUUAUGCUUUUUGCAGGACCUUCUGGACAGAGGGAAGGCUUUCUCCACUGUAAGCGUAUAUUUAGCCGCUAUCUCUGCCUGCCAUACAGGCUUUGACAACAACACAGUAGGGAGGCAUCCCCUGUUAUGUCAUUUUAUGAAGGGGUGCGUCAGUUACGUCGUCUCUAAGCCUUUAGCACCGUCUUGGGACAUGUCUAUUGUGCUUGAGGUUAUUUCACAGCAACCUUUCGAGUUGCUGGAAAGCGUGGUUAUGAAAUAUCUCUCCUUCAAAACCACUUUACUGAUUGCCCUUGCGUCUGCAAAGCAAGUGAGUGAGCUGCACGCACUGUCAGUCCACCAUUCGUGCCUACAGUUUGCUCCGGGGUUUUCACAAGGUGACUUUGUUAACUGAUGUAACUGCACCUUCUUUGGUGCAUACUGUCCUCAGUGUCGGAGCCUCUGAGGGGUGAUAAUGGAUUUGAAUAGCUUGUCUGCGAUAAGGGAGUUGGCCAUAUCCCAUAGUGAUACAUCGAAACAAGUAUUUGAAAUUGAACUCAAGAUUACUUGCGUAACCCCGGUUCUCUGAGAAUACGAGUGCGAUGUCUCACCUAAUUUCCCUGCUCGCAAGAGUGCAAGGAAGAGAGGCAUGCUUGAGAAUGGCCAGAGGGUGGGGCGAGUGGUGCCUUAUAAAGAGGGAGGGGCUCACCUCAUUCGCCACUCGACCUGUCUGUCUCCGACAGACGUUGUGUGAUUGGUUCUUCCUUAGUUAUGCGACUAUCCAGUGAAUCCCAUUGUGAGACAUCUCACUCAUAUUCUCAGAAAACUGGGUUAUUCUAGUAACCUUGAGUUUUCCUCAUGAAGCCUCCCCGUCUGUCAUGAAUACACAGAACAUGUGUGUGUGCAUAUGUCUGAAUGUGUAGUGAGCACUGUAUGCAUACCUCUAUCAUGGAGGUGAAUUACCUGAUUCUUUCAUGGUCCUGCUGCUAACUGGUCACUGUUCUGUUGUAUGAGCACAGUUCAUAAAUCAAGCAGACUGGGAUCUCUGGAGCCUAGUGUAGUCACCUUGGCUUUUGAUGGGCACAAAGGCCUGGAUUCUUGGUGUAAUCCAGUUUGACAUCAUCAGUGCAAUCUGAGCCAGCAGCAAGUGCUAGAAAGUGGACCUGGUUUGUUUGUUUGGGCAAGAUGCUAGACUGCCCACAUGGAACUAACUGCUGUCCAACUCUGAUAGUUCUGCUCAUUUAGAGUUUUGUAACACUAUCUGAAAAGGAUCAUGAAAUCAACCACAAAAUGCCCAUGUGAGAAAUGGAUAGACAGAUAUUUCUGUAUCUGAGUGACCCCAAUCCGGAGACAAAGAUAGAGGGGUCGUUCCACCGAUUCGGUGCCUUAUGGGAAGUGUGUAUAACAUGAUAAAAAUAAUGAUAAAUGAUUUCACCUAAUUUUAACAUUCUGUCAUUAAGAGCACAUGUUCAACUUAAUACAAAACAUGUUUUCCCAUCUCAACAGGUUAGUAAGUACCUAUAAAGUGCCAAAUAAAGUAACAGGGUUGACUGUAACAGGGUUGACUGUAACAGGGUUGACGAUUUCAUCUUAAAUCAGCCUUGUGACAGGGGGAAUGGAAGCUUGUUGUGUGCAACAGGGAGUGGCAAUUGAAUGCAAGCUUCACCUCAAACAAAUGAAAUUGCUAAAAAAGAUUAUUGCCUGUCUAUCUCAGUUUUCCACUACAAAACACCAGAAAAUGGCCAAAAAGAGUAGAACCAGCUCACCUGCUUCUAUACUAUGAUUUGGCUAUCAGAUGUUCAAUGUUCGCUUUUGAAAAAACAUUUAAAAAGGAAUAAUUUCACCAUAUUAAAAUGAGAGUUUAGUUCACGCAACAGGGUUGACCUUAAAAUGAGGGACAGACAUAAAUUAAUCACUAAUCACAUAAAAUAAAUAAUAAUCUUCAGAAAUGACUUUGUCAAAGCAACAAAAUACCUAAGGCUUUACAAUGAUGGUGAAAUGUGUGUGUGUGUGUGUGUAUGUUGGAAACCUAAAGACACAUACUAUAAAUGCCCCUAUAGGAAUGUCCAUGACAUGCCAGAAUCUAACCCAAUGUAAUUUAUGGUCACUGUGCUACAAGCAGUACAGUACAGCACUUUGAAACUUUAUUAACAGGACUGUUAUUUACGCUAUAAAACUCCCUGCCCAUGCCAUUUCCCUGGUGAUCUGAAUAGUCAUACCCUAUUAAGAAAUCAAGCAUCAAAUAGAACAUAGCAUUACAUGUUACCCAUUGCCACUUGUUACUGCAUCCAUCAUCACUGACGUAUGCCUAUUUGUUUUCUUAUUAAUCGCUUGUCCAUGCUCAAAAUCACGUUUUAAGUUCAAGUUUAAGUUAAUUUGCCAUGUAGAGGACAGGCACAACAGUAUACAAACAUUCUAUUUCUUGCAAGUCAACAGACAGGGUGGUGAGUGAGCGGGUGCCAUCGUAGGGACCUCAGCUCUGAGGUGCCCAGUUGUUAGUCAGUGGGGCCAUUCUCUGGAUGCCUGGCCUGUAAUGGGAGAGGAGGAGAGACACAAAUACACAGAACACCAGGGAGCUACUGAGCUGAGGGAUUUACCAAGCAGGAUCAAUGACUUAGUCAGUUUAACUCUUGCAAAUACUCUAAAUAACUCAAUAUUUCAAGUUGAGUGUAAAAUGAAUACACUUGAAAUGGUUGUUGUGUCAUUGACUCCUAAACUCUUACAACUAGCCAUCAGCUAGAAUGUAUUUGGAGCAUUUGUCACCAAGCAGAAUCAAUGAAUUGUACUCCAUUACACAUAUUAAUUAGGGGUACUGUAUUAUGGGUACUGUAGUCAUGUAGUUAGUACAUCAUGAUACCCUAACAAGCCUCUAUCGUUGUUUCACAGGAAAGUCUGGAGUACAUCUUCCUCAUCGUCUUCUCCAUAGAGUGCUUUCUAAAGAUAAUAGCCUAUGGAUUUCUAUUUCACGAGAAUGCAUAUCUGCGGAACUGUUGGAACAUACUGGACUUUGUCUGUGUGUCUGUGGGGUAUGUAGGGAAGAUAUGAAAAUGUUCUGUCAUGUUCUGUCAUGCUCUGUCAUGCUCUGUCAUGUUCUGUCAUGCUCUGUCAUGCUCUGUCAUGUUCUGUCAUGCUCUGUCAUGCUCUGUCAUGCUCUGUCAUGUUCUGUCAUGUCAUAACUCUUCUGUGACUAUAUGAUCUUGUUUAUCUCUCUCUGCACUCCCUUUUGUCCUCCUCUAUCUUUCAACCUCUUCCCUCUCCCUCCCAUCUCCCUCUCCUCUCCUCUCCCCUCCCAUCUCUCUUCCCUCUCUCCCUCUCCAGGCUGUUUGCUGUCAUCGGGGACUUCAUCACCUAUAUCAGUGGUGUCGAGGCUCAACCAGGGGACAAGGGAGGAGGCUUCGACAUGAAGGCCCUCAGGGCGUUCAGGGUGCUCCGGCCCCUCAGGCUCGUCUCUGGAGUCCCCAGUAAGGACCACUGUACAAUAGGGACCUUGUAGCAGUCGUAAGGGCAGGAAAUCAGCAAAAGGCAAGGCAGGUUAAAGUGUAGAAUUACAAAAUAAAUAGCCUCUGAAUCAGGCUUAACAUGUCCUAUUUAUAUUAAAUAAACCAAAACGUAUUUCUCACAAGUGUAGCAUAGUUUGUAUAAGCUCUACAAACAAUAUGUCUAUUCCGAGAAUGUGAAUGGUAAAUUAAUGUGAUAAUAUAUUGAAUGAAUAAAAAUAAAUUACCGAUAUAACAAAACGCUAACGUUAUAGAUUACUGGGAAAUGACAGGGAUUAACGGUAAACUCAUUACUGGUGAUAUAUUUAGAGGGUAAUUGCUAAGCAUUUAAAAAACCAAGGGCAAGACAAUGAAUGCUCCUGAAUUGGUGGGAAGCAGAGAGCUAGCUCAUUUGUGGUAAGAGGAGCCUAGCACUCACUUCACCACAACCAUAUUCUGAAAACACUUACCUUCAGAAACCAUGCUAGUGUUAAAUACAAUAUGAUUUGGUUCAUUACAGUGAGUUUGCAGUUUGAUCUAGUUAUAUUGGUCAACUACUACAGUGGUUCCCAACCAGGGGUACUAAGAUCCCUGGGGGUACAGUGCCUUCAGAAAGUAUUCAGACCCCUUGACGUUUUCCAUAUUUUGUUACUUUACAGCCUUAUUCUAAAAUUGAUUAAAUAAAUAAAAAUCAUCAGCAAUCUACACACAAUACCCUAUAAUGACAAAUUGAAAACAGGUUUUUAGAAAUGUUAGCAAAUUUAUAAAAAAUAAAAAAACUGAAAUAUCUUAUUUACAUAAGUAUUCAGACCCUUUGCUAUGAGACUCGAAAUUGAGCUCAGGUGCAUCCUUUUCCCAUUGAUCAUCCUUGAGAUGUUUCAACAACUUGAUUGGAGUCCACCUGUGGUAAAUUCAAUUGGUUGGACAUGAAAGGCACACAUCUGUCUAUACAAGGUCGCACAGUUGACAAUGCAUGUCAGAGCAGAAACCAAGCCAUGAGGUCGAAGGAAUUGUCUGUAGAGCUCCAAGACAGGAUUGUGUCGAGGCGCAAAUCUGGGGAAGGGUACCAAUUUUUUUUGGCAGCAUUGAAGGUCCCCAAGAACACAGUGGACUCCAUCAUUCUUAAAUGGAAGAAGUUUGGAACCACCAAGACUCUUCCUAGAGCUGGCCGCCCGGCCAAACUGAGCAAUCGGGAGAGAAGGGCCUUGGUCAGGGAGGUGACCAAGAACCCGAUGGUCACUCUGACCGAGCUCUAGAGUUCCUCUGUGGAGAUGGGAGAACAUUCCAGAAGGACAACCAGCACUCCACCAAUCAGGCCUUUAUGGUAGAGUGGCCAGACGGAAGCCACUCCUCAGUAAAAGGCACAUGACAGCCCGCUUGGAGUUUGCCUAAAGGCACAUAAAGACUCUCAGACCAUGAGAAACAAGAUUCUCUGGUCUGAUGAAACCAAGAUUGAACUCUUUGGCCUGAAUGCCAAGUGUCACGUCUGGAGGAAACCUGGCACCAUCCCUACGGUGAAGCGUGGUGGUGGAAGCAUCAUGCUGUGGGGAUGUUUUUCAUCGGCAGGGACUGGGAGACUAGUCAGGAUCGAGGCAAAGAUGAAUGGAGCAAAGUACAGAGAGAUCCUUGACGAAAACCUGCUCCAGAGCGCUCAGGACCUCAGACUGGGGCGAAGGUUCACCUUCCAACAGGACAACGACCCUAAGCAUACAGCCACGACAACGCAGGAGUGGCUUAAGGACAAGUCUCUGAAUGUCCUUGAGUGGCCCAGCCAGAGCCAGGACUUGAACCUGAUCGAACAUCUCUGGAGAGACCUGAAAAUAGCUGUGCAGCAAUGCUCCCCAUCCAACCUGACAGAGCUUGAGAGGAUCUACAGAAAGGAAUGGGAGAAACUCUUCAAAUACAGGUGUGCCAAGCUUGUAGCGUUGUACCCAAGAAGACUCGAGGCUGUAAUUGCUGCCAAAAGUGCUUCAAGAAAGUACUGAGUUAUAGGUCUGAAUACUUAUGCAAUGUAUAUUUAAUUUCUUCAUUUGUUAUACAUUUGCAAAAAUGUCUACAAACCUGUUUUUGCUUCGCCAUUAUGGGGUAUUGUGUAUAGAUUGAUGAAGAGAAAAAAACAAUUUAAUCAAUUUUAGAAUAAGGCUGUAAUGUAACAAAAUGUGGAAAAAGUCAAGGGGUCUGAAUACUUUCCGAAUGCGCUGUACUUGGCCUAUCCACAGGGGGUACUUGAGAAGACUCAUGACACCAUAGGCCUACUGGUAAAAUGUAAGAGGGGGUACUUCAGGGGUACUCCAGGCAGAGCAAAAUUCAUUUGGUGGUACAGUAACUGAAAAUGAUUGAGAACAACUGGACUACUAGGUCUACUGGUUUAAAAUGUGUCUGCUCUUCCCCUGCAGGCCUGCAGGUGGUGAUGAACUCCAUCCUGAAGUCCAUGCUACCUCUGUUCCACAUCUCCCUGCUGGUCUUCUUCAUGGUCACCAUCUACGCCAUCGUGGGACUGGAGCUGUUCAAGUGCAAGAUGCACAAAACCUGCUACUACACAGGCACAAGUAGGAAACACACACAUGCACGUGCAUGCACACACACACACACACACACACACACACACACACACUACCUAUAUCUUCUCCCCCGUUGUCCUGCAGAUAUCAUAGCCACAGUGGAGAAUGAGAAGGCAUCUCCAUGUGCUCAGGCUGGUAAUGGUCGGCGCUGCACCAUCAACGGGACAGAGUGUAGGGCAGGCUGGGCCGGACCCAACAACGGCAUCACACACUUUGACAACCUGGGCUUCGCUAUGCUCACUGUCUACCAGUGCAUCACUACCCAGGGCUGGACCGACGUGCUCUACUGGGUACUGUGUUACAUCACCCCUAUACCUUAAUAUUACUGCACUGUUUCAUCCUGUUCCAUUAUGUUCCCCUCUUAAUGUAGCCCAUACCUGUACUCUCACUCAGUCUCAUUAUCUGUCUGUUUCUCCAUCCAUCCAUCCAUCCAUCCAUCCAUCCAUCCAUCCAUCCAUCCAUCCAUCCAUCCAUCCAUCCAUCCCAUCCAUCCAUCCAUCCAUCCAUCCAUCCAUCCAUCCAUCCAUCCAUCCAUCCAUCCAUCCAUCCAUCCAUCCAUCCAUCCAUCCAUCCAUCCAUCCAUCCAUCUCCUCUCUCUCUCUCUCUCUCUCUCCCUCUCUGUCUCUCUCUCUCUCUCUCUCUCUCUCUCUCUCUCUCUCUCUCUCUCUCUCUCUCUCUCUCUCUCUCCUCUCCUUCCACUCCUUCUCUCACUCCCUCUCUCUCGCUCCUCAGGUGAAUGAUGCCAUAGGUAUGGAGUGGCCGUGGAUGUACUUUCUGACGCUCAUCUUGGUUGGCUCUUUCUUCGUACUCAACCUUGUUCUGGGUGUGCUCAGUGGGUAAGAGGACACACACACACACACACAAACAAACACACAUACACACACACACCUUGUCCUUCUAUAUCUCUCUUUCCCCUCCAUCAGUGAAUUCACUAAGGAGCGAGAGAAGGGUAAGGCGCGUGGAGAGUACACAGAGAUGAGGGAGACCCAGCAGCUGGAUGAGGAUCUGAAGGGCUACAUGGAGUGGAUCACACAGGCCGAAGUCAUGGAUGCCAAUGGGGAGGGACAGGGUACUUAUGACUUCCUAACCCUAUCACCAACACACAAUAGAAUAGAGGAGUACAUACAUUUACAUUUUAGUCAUUUAGCAGAUGCUCUUAUCCAGAGCGACUUACAGUUAGUAAGGAGUCAGCCCGUUGCAAACGUCAUGCAGGUUAGCAUUUUUUGUCAUGAAUCUUGUUCUGGUGGCAGGUCUGCAGAGUGGUCACUAGCUGGCACAGUCACAAAGUCAUCAUAUCUGAUUUUAAACCUAACCCUAAUCCUAACCUCGACCCUAACCUUAACCACAAUGUUAACUCUAAUGGCUAACCCUAACCUUAAAUAUUUUUGUUUUCAUGAAUUUUUACAAUAUAGACAAUUUUGACUUUGCAGCUGGCCUAUCUAAGAGGAAAUCGCUCAGUUCUGCCUCCAGGACAAGACUUAUGACAAUAAACGUCAACCUGCUGACAUCAGUGUCUCUUGUCCCCAGGCCUGCUAACCCUGGAGGAUGGAGAAUCCGAGGCAGGGAGCCUAAAGGACAUGGACACCAUGCAAAAAAUCAUGUACUACUAGUAAGUACACACCUACACCAGCCUCUGACUGGGACAACACUCAGGUGUUUUGAUGAAAGAAAAGUCUGACAGACCUCCUCCUAACAUACCAUCUCUUCCUCCUCUCUCUCUCAUCUCUCACUCUGUUCAGCAAGCUGGCGCGUAAAUGGAACAUUUUCUUCCGGCGUAAGUGUCUUGUUUAUGUGAAGUCCCGAAUGUUCUACUGGUGGGUGAUCCUUCUGGUGUUUCUGAACACGCUGGCCAUCGCUACUGAACACCACCAGCAGUCCCAGCAACUCACCGAGUGGCAAGGUCAGUAUCUACAUAUCACAUCUAUAGCUUCAACACAUACUGUAUAUACACAAUCCCAGCAUCUAACAAGGCUGUUGUCUAUGCCAUGGCUAACACAUGCAGACCUCUCUCUCUCUCUACCCCAUGUCUCUCUCUCCCCACCACUUCUCCCUUCCCCAUCCCAGACACUGCCAACAAGGUAUUGCUGUCUCUGUUUGCCAUUGAGAUGUUUAUGAAGAUGUACGCCCUGGGUCUCCAGCAAUACUUCAUGUCUCUGUUCAACCGCUUCGACUGCUUCGUGGUCUCCACCGGCAUUCUGGAACUCAUCCUGGUCCGCAUGGACGUCAUGACCGUCACGGGCAUCUCGGUGCUGCGCUGCAUUCGACUACUUAGGCUGCUCAAAGUAACCAAGUAAGACUUUACAUUAGGCUGCAUUAGGGUUUCAGGUGUGUUAGUGGUGGACUGGAUUAAUAUCCUUCACACACCACGGCUCUCCAGGUCCAGGAUUGGUCCAGUUGAUGGGUUGAUUGAUUAAUUGAUUGCGUCUUACAUCCCCCAACCCCCAGUAGCUUCACAGGAAGUGCGUAGCACUUACUCUCUGUGUGUGCUUCAGGUACUGGACGUCUCUCAGUAAUCUGGUGGUGUCCCUGCUGAACUCGACCCCCUCCAUCGCCUGCCUGCUGCUCCUCCUCUUCCUCUUCAUCGUCAUCUUCUCCCUGCUGGGCAUGCAGGUGUUCGGAGGCAAGUUCAACUUCCCCAAUGCGCCCAAACCCCGCAGCACAUUCGACAGCUUCCCCCAAGCUCUCAUCAGUGUCUUCCAGGUAGGCAAGGAAACACAGUUUUAUUCAUUAUUAUAACAGAUGUAUCCCACUAACAAGAUGAAGGAUGAUAUGGACAUCUGAAGGAGCAUAUGUACAUGUAUGAUAUGAAAAUGUUGGACAUUAGCACUUGCUUUUUGUUUCAUUCACUGUGGAAAAGCAGGCCGAUCAUUUGUCAAUGGGACCCUGACUGUGUUGCUUCCCUGCCUCACUCUCUCUGUCAGAUCCUGACAGGGGAGGACUGGAACUCUGUGAUGUAUGACGGCAUCAUGGCGCAUGGCGGUCCCACCAUGCCCGGGAUCCUCGUCAGCAUCUACUUCAUUAUCCUCUUCGUCUGCGGAAACUGUAUCCUGUGUGUGUGUUUGUGUGUGGUGUGUGUGUGUUGUGUGUCUGCGUUGUGUCUGCACACUCAACUUGCUAGUCUAAACUAAAACAAACCUCAACAGACAGAAAUUAGACUUAAAUGCUGUCAUUGGGUAAAUUAGUCUCUCUUCCAUUUCCUACUGUAAUGAACUUUGACCCCUAGCUCUUAGACAUCCUGCUGAACGUGUUCCUGGCCAUCGCCGUGGACAACCUGGCAGAGGCCGAGAGUCUGACCAUGGCCCAGAAGGAGAAGUCUGAGGAGAAGAAACGCAAGAAGCUGCUUAGGGCUAACAUGCCUGACAAGGCCACAGAGGAGAAAGCCCUCCUGGCCAAGAAGCUUGCAGCGGAGAGAGCCAAAAUAGAGGGCAUCCCUACCACAGCCAAGGUCAGAUAUUUCCAGUAGAGGUGCAUGGGUAAAAUCACUGAGGAAGCCAAGCCAAGCCAGUAAAAAAGCAAUAUUGUGAUAAUUGCGUUCAUACGCCACCGUGAUAUACAAUAAGGCCGUGACAACAAAAAGACAGCAGUCACAAAGUGGCGGAAUAAAUUCAACUACACAUACAUUUGUUUCAUCACAAAACCGGAGAGCAACAUCUGUCCAGUGAAGUCCACAAAGCAAAUAUUGCAUGAAACAAACAGUUAUAUGACCUGCAGCAUGGUCAAGCAAGUUAAUGUUUUCGACAGUUUACUAAACAACUACUGAUUUAGAACCACGGAGUUACCGCAAAUCAGCACAAAGACAACAGGAGCACUGCCUCAGCUAUUCCAGCACCAUUUCAACUUAAACAUGCAAACAUCAUCAAAUCAACAAGGCUAUAUAUGCUUAGUUAAAUACACUGAAAACAAACUUAAAGAUGUCAAAAACCAUUUAGUCCAAUCAAUGUUGCUAAAUAUCAUGUGGCGGUCCAUGGUACUGAUUUAUGUGUGUGUGUGUGCCCGCGCAAGUAAAACAAAACAUGUACUUGUAGACUAGUUGAACGCCAAUGCCAUCCUCCUUUCUUUCAUGUUGGCAAAACAGUCUAUGGCUCUGUCAUACGGUACACUUUUAGUUUUUGUUGUCAUAAGCUACCUAGCUAAAAUGCUUGCUAGCCUAACUUCCUUGCACAGACAGCAAUGAACCAGCUAAGUUAGCCAGCUAGUUAACGUGAGCCAGACCCGUCGCCAGACCUCAGUCUUAAGGGGGGCAUAUGAAAUGCAUGGGAGGGCACAAUUAUUAUUAGCCUACAGUACGUAUAUUUAAUAAUAAAUUCCCUCAAGUGGGGGGGGGGGGGGCACAAGCAUUUUUGGGGGCGGGCCCGGCCCCCUAUGGCCCGCCCAUAGCGACGGGUGUGACGUGAGCCUACUAGUCUACAUCUAGGGUACAUAUUGAACUUCAAUCAUCUCAGGUCUGUGGCACAAUAUAUUCAUUCAUGGUUAGAUCAGAAUCGCCAUCAUAAUCAUUGGCCUGUACAGAGAAUUAAGUCAAAACCACAAGUCCAAAUCCCCAUCUCCAUCAUGGCUUAGGAAAGGGCCGAUUUAGCAAGCUAGCUACCGCAGGAGAUCAACACAAGCAGACCAGAAACAGACAAGUUUUUCUGAAAAUGACAAUUUUCUUGGGAAGUUAUUUGAUUGGCAUUUUGCUGCACCAGGACAACCCACAGUUGAGCUCAGCUCAGCGCUGAUUGGUUAAUUAUUUUAUGCAUUUUUCAUCAAGGGAGACCAAAUGCUUGCUGGCAUCAAUCAAUCAAAUGCUACGGGCCAACAUUUCAUACGCUUUUGGUCCAGACAGCAUCAGCUAAACAUACUGAGUCAGAGGGGCUCAGAUGAUUUCUACGUGAGAUUCAGCCAUUUUUCCGUAUUGACGGAAAAUUAUGAAAACACAGAGAGACACAAAAUAUAAAUUAUUUUAUCAUUUGUAUUUUUAUUGGUCAAAUACUUGGGGAAGCCUGGUUUCCCUUGGCAUCCAUGAAUACACGCCAAUGUAUAUUUCACACUGUUGGCUAUUGUCCACAGAGAAACCUGCCCCACGUUUGGAGUUAGUGUAACCGCUGGAAUUUGAACCCAGGCCCCCCUCUAAUCAAAAUGCUUGUCUUUGUCACAGCUGAGAGUGGACGAGUUCGAGUCCAACGUGAACGAGAUCAAGGACCCCUUCCCCCCUGCUGACUUCCCUGGUAAGCCCCAUUCUCUCACACACCUCUGGGCACAUCCAUGUCAAUCGAAUCUGGAUCUCACUGAAUUUUGAAUUUAGAACAUGUGUCACGUUCUCCUGUUCUUUCUUUCGUCCAGGCGAUGAUGAGGAGGAGGAGCCUGAUAUCCCUGACACCCCGAGGCCCCGACCAAUGGCAGACCUGCAGCUGAAGGAGGAGGUGGUGCCUAUUCCAGAGGCCAGCUCCUUCUACAUCUUUAGCUCUGAGAACAAGUAAUGAUGAUGAUGAUGGUGAUGAUUAUGGUGAUGAUGAUGUACUUGCUAAGACUGCGAUAUGUUGUUGUUUAUCUACCUUAUAGUUGAAUGCACUGACUGUAAGUCACUCUGGAUAAAAGCAUCUGCUAAAUGACCAAAAUGUAAAAUGUAAUGAUGAUGGUGGUGAUGAUGAAUGCAUUAUGAUGUUGGUUUUAUGUGAUUGUUUUAGCCUCCUUACUUGACUGUCAGUCACUCUGUAUAACAAUGUCUGCAGUUAAAUGCCUGUGAUGUAAAAAGUAUGAAAAUGUAUGAACUCACUACUCACUAGUCAUUUAGCGUCUGCUAAAUGACUAAAAUGUCAAAUGUAAAAAUGUCCCCCUCCAGGCUCCGUAAGCUGUGCCACCGCAUCAUCAACGCCACCACCUUCACCAAUAUCAUCCUCCUCUUCAUCCUCCUCAGCAGCAUCUCCCUGGCUGCCGAGGACCCCAUCGACCCCAUGUCCUUCAGGAACCAGGUGCCCACAGACAUGCCUGCUCUGCCUGCUGUAUCAUUAACCCCCUUAUCUCAGAUGGAAAAGCAUUUGUUUCAGUAAAGAAAGCAGAAAGGGAAAGAAUUUUGACAUAAUAACUGACACAAAAGGGUUUUCUUAAGGUCUUAAACCUACACAGCAUGACUGCAAGACUGUACGGAGUACUACAUAGAGAUUCUGCUAAAGGGCUCAGGUGCACUACUACUUUGAAAUGAAUCCAUCCACAUUGUCAUGUUGCCCUGUUUCCCCUGUGUAGGUGCUGGCCUCCGCUGAUGUUGUCUUCACCUCAGUGUUCACUGUGGAAGUUGUCCUCAAGGUAACUAGGCAUUGCUUGUCUGUUCCACUACUAGUAUAGCUGUACUGGUUUAAAAAGUCACUUUUCUGAAUGGGAUCAUGUCUUACAUGUUUACAUUACCAAGUACAUUAACGGGGUAAAUCCCUUUUCUGCAGCAACGGUAAAUCGUUAAUGUGACAAACUCUCUCGACAUUAUGUUACAUCCACUUUGCAGCACUUUUUUAACCUGCACUGCAGCACAAUUCAACUGUAGAUGUUUUCACACGAGUAGCUGUGGUUCAUGUGGGUUCAUAGUUUGUUGGUUUGAGAGGGUUUAUGUGUCAACCAGUCUCAUCAUCUCAGUAUCCAUCCGCCUCUGCGACAGAUGACCGUAUACGGUGCCAUCAUGCACCCCGGCUCCUUCUGCCGGAACUCCUUUAAUAUCCUGGAUCUGAUUGUGGUCAGCGUAUCCCUCCUCUCCAUGCUCAUGGAGUAAGUAGUACCUGGAAAUGUAUAAUGUCAUUCAAAUCCUGUGACACAACUGAAUCUAUUCCAUAAUGCUUGAUAUAGCUUCAGUUAUGAAUGUGUGUCUCUCUCUAGAAAUACAGAUUAUAGACAAGUAAAGUGUGAGAUGUGGUGCCUGCCCUAUCUAGGUCCAGUGCUAUCUCUGUGGUGAAGAUCCUCAGGGUGUUGAGGGUGCUGAGGCCCCUAAGGGCCAUCAACAGGGCCAAGGGCCUCAAGGUGAGCUUACCUGUGCUCUCUCCAAUCCCCUUCACAUCUCUACCCCUCACCUGUACUCCUUACCUGUACUCCUUACCUGCUCCUCUGACACUAUAUUCACAUUCUCAUUGGUCUUUUACAUGUUCCCAUUACCUAAUGCACCAAAUGCAAUACUUUGACCAACCCAGCAGCUGCAUAUUUUUCUAGUUCUGGUCCUGGAGUACCCGUCUGACAUGCUGGUUUCUGCUGUCUCUUGUGGUCUAGCAUGUGGUCCAGUGUGUUUUUGUGGCCAUCAAAACCAUCGGCAACAUCGUGCUGGUUACCAUGCUGCUAGACUUCAUGUUCGCCUGCAUUGGAGUCCAGCUCUUCAAGGUGAGCUCUAGAUAGGGAUGUAGAGUAUUUUAUAGGGAUGUAUGGUAGUUUAUAGGGAUGUAUGGUAAUUUAUAGGGAUGUAUGGUAAGUUAUAGGGAUUUAUGGUAGUUUAUAAGGAUGUAUGGUAAUUUAUAGGGAUGUAUGGUAGUUUAUAGGGAUUUAUGAGUUAUAGGGGAUUAUGGUUAAUUUAUAUAGGGAUUUAUGGUUAGUUAUAGUGAGAGUUAUGGUAGUUUAUAGGGAUGUAUGGUAAUUUAUAGGAUGUAUGGUACGUUUAGUUCUAGGGGGGGAUGAUUUAUGGUUGUUUAUAGGGAUGUAUGGUAAUUUAUAGGGAUGUAUGGUAGUUAUAGGGAUUUAUGGUAGUUUAUAGGGAUGUAUGGUAAUUUAUAGGGAUGUAUGGUAGGUUAUAGGGAUUUAUGGUAGUUUAUAGGGAUGUAUGGUAAUAAUUUAUGAGGGGAUGUUGGUAGUUAUAGGGAUUUAUGGUGAGUUAUAGGGAUGUAUGGUAAUUUAUAGGGAUGUAUGGUAGUUAUAGGGAUUUAUGGUAGUUUAUAGGGAUGUAUGGUAAUUUAUAGGGAUGUAUGGUAGUUUAUAGGGAUUUAUGGUAGUUUAUAGGGAUGUAUGGUAAUUUAUAGGGAUGUAUGGUAGUUUAUAGGGAUUUAUGGUAAUUUAUAGGGAUGUAUGGUAGUUAUAGGGAUUUAUGGUAGUUUAUAGGGAUGUAUGGUAAUUUAUACACCUGAUGAUCAAAACAGAAGUCUACACACAAUCAAAGCUAAUAUUCUCAAUCAUGUUCUGUAUGUAUGUAUGGGCUCCCGAGUGGCGUAGCGGUCUAAGGCACUGCAUCUCAGUGCUUGAGGAGUCACUACAGACCCCCUGGUUCGAUUCCAGGCUGUAUCACAACCGGCCGUGAUUGGGAGUCCCAUAGGGCGGCGCACAAUUGGCCCAGCAUCGUCCGGUGUAGCCCGUCAUUGUAAAUAAGGAUUUGUUCUUAACUGAUUUGCCUAGUUAAAUAAAAUAAAUAUGUGUGUUCAUCCCUGCAGGGCAAAUUCUACGCCUGCACAGAUCCUGACAAAAUGACAGAGGAGGAGUGCAAGUAAGAGAGUGGUGAUGUUGUUUAGUCCCUCGCCCACAACAUUACAUGACAGUACAGAAUGGAGCAUCACAUUAAUCCUGCUUUCUUUCUCUCCACCACACUCUUUCUUUCUUUCUCUUGCUUCUUCGUGUCUUUAGUUCUUCGUCGUCUUGAUUUGGGCGGAGGGAGGGUACGGAGGGAGGGAUCGGUUUUCUGGGAGGCUCUAGGGGCUCGAGAGGGAGUGCCUGAUGUCUCUCGCUCCUCUCUCUCUCUGCUCUCUCUCUCUCUCUCCUCUCUCUCCUCUCUCUCUCUCUCUCUUUCUCUCCCUCCCUCACUCCUUCUCAGGGGUAACUACAUUAGGUACCAGGAAGGUGCCAUCCAUCCGAUGACCAUCCAUAAGAGAGAAUGGAUCAACGCAGAGCUCAACUUUGACAACAUCCUCGAAGGCAUGCUGGCUCUCUUCACUGUCUCCACCUUCGAGGGCUGGCCAAAGUGAGACAUACAUACAAGCAUGGGAUUUUGUAUAUAUCACAUGACACGCCUAAUACAGUACUAUGGAACACAUAAAAGUGUAUGUAUUUCAUGCUUGCUCAAAUGCCUUUGUGUGUGUGUGUGUGUGUGUGUGUGUGUGUGUGUGUGUGUGUGUGGUGUGUGUGUGUGCAGGUUGCUCUACAAGGCCAUAGACUCUAACAUGGAGGACAUGGGUCCAGUGUAUAACAACCGCAUUGCCAUCUCCAUCUUCUUCAUAGUCUACCUCAUCCUUAUCGCUUUCUUCAUGAUGAACAUCUUUGUGGGUUUCGUCAUCGUUACAUUUCAGGAGCAGGGAGAGCAGGAGUACAAGAACUGUGAGCUGGAUAAGAACCAGGUGUGUGUAUCUGUGUCUGUCUUUUAAGUUUGUUGUUUUAACACACUCUUUCUAACAGCAGUGUGUAACCCCUCUGUGUCCUGUCUUCCCUCUGACAGCGUGCGUGUGUCGAGUACGCCCUGAAAGCCCGGCCGCUGCGCUGCUACAUUCCUAAGAACCAGUAUCAGUACAAUGUGUGGUACAUCGUCACUUCCUGCUACUUUGAGUACCUCAUGUUCCUGCUCAUCAUGCUCAACACCAUGUGUCUGGGGAUGCAGGUAAGGCUAUUGGAGGUGGUUUAGGGAACAUUUUCAUUUCAAAUACAAAACGGGAAACUUUGAAAGUACUUCUCCUGCAUCACAUCAAUGCAAUGUCCCUACAAUAUAUUCCUGUGUCCAUCCCUUCUCCAUAUCUAGGAUUAAAAAAUACAAAAUAAAAUGUGGACACUCUUGAAAAUGUGAUGGGCAUCUCAAGAGAUUGAAUCCUGGAAAAUGUCAAAUAAAAUAAAUAAAUAACUAUCUUCCCUUUCUCAUUUCCUUCUUCUCUCCUCCUCUCUUCUCUCCUCCUCUCUUCUCCCACAGCACUGUAACCAGUCAACCCAUGUGACCGACCUGUCAGACAUGCUGAACGUGAUCUUCACUGUGCUCUUCACUGUGGAGAUGGUCCUCAAACUCAUGGCCUUCAAAGCUAAGGUCAGUGGUCCAUAGAGAUGUCCUGAAUGCACUACAUUACCCAAGAUGCCUUGCAAAUCAAUGUAGAAGCAGAAUGAUUCCAGAAUAAUAGCACAGUGGUUAUGUAAACCAGCUACUUCAUACCUCUUCAUUGUGUGCAACCCUCUUCUCAAACUCAUGGCCGUCAAUGUCAAGUUCAGAGCUGGAAUGUCCGUAGAUUAAGAUACCUUUUAUAUACACACACACUUCUGAUGAAUGUCUUUCCCUCCCCCUAGGGUUACUUUGGAGACCCAUGGAACGUCUUUGACUUUGUCAUCGUCAUCGGCAGCGUUGUUGACGUCAUCCUGAGUGAAGUCGAUGUGAGUAUUGUCAUUGCGUAAUGUUAACCUGAAAUAUGUAAGUAUUGUUCAUUUUAUGUACUGUAAUACUCACAAUCCCCACUGUUCCUAAAAGGUUUAUGUUUACUAAACAGUUCAGGUAGACCCACUGUACAUUUUUGUCUUCACAUUUUGAAUUUUUCCUCCCAUUGGUUUCGGUUAUUAUUUAUAAGAAGGCUGAGGAAAAUCUACAGAUAUUUCCCCAAAAAGCUCUGUCCUGUCAUCUGACUGUCUGGACUGUGUUUACACCCCUGUCUGACACCCCACCCACUUAGAGAAACUCAGGCCAGGCACCCCUGUCAGAACUCGGCCCCAACAAUAGCACUGAGGAUGUGGUCAGUAUUCGCCAAGGGGUGACCCUCGCACUACCACCCACCUCUGCCCCGGCUGCACCCUCAACCCCCCUGAACACCCCCCUCCCCCUGAAGCCCUGCAGCACCUGACUGGAGCUUGCCUCACCCACCUAUUUGGUUACUUUAUGCCCCUAACAUAACACCUGGUCUCAGACCUGUUUGGUCAUUUCCCUAAUUGGUUUUACUGUUUGAGACUGGGAAUGAGAUGGCUGAUUCCAAAUCAGUUGUUAAGGGCAGAAAACAACCACUGUCACCUUGUUUCACCUCCCACCACCAUGUGUCCAGCGAACUGUCAAUCAUUCCUGCUAGUAAGUAAGAGACUGACAUCCUUCUGUGGUUUUUACUGUGAUUCCUGUACAAGGGACUGAGUCAACAGGUUUGGCGUCAGGCUCUAGAUUUAAAGCAGCAUUUCACAUGUUUUGCUUCAGAAAAGUAAAGGUAAUUUUAGAAAACGAAAUGUUAACUCAAGUUGCCAUUACAGUAAACCUUCAGAAGACCCCAUCAACCAUUUUCACAUCUUCACCCCUCAGCUGUCAUCCAGGGGUAUAGUAAAAUGUCGGCGGGGAUGUUGGGGCAAAUGAAUUAUAUGGAGUGCGAAAGAGAGCGAGAGAAGAGAGAGAGAGAGAGAGAGAAAGAAAGAGAGAGAGAGAGGAGAGAAAGGAGAAGAGAGAGAGAAAGAGGAGAGAGAAGAGAGGAGAGAGAGAGAGAAGAGAGAGAGAGAGAAAGAGAGAGAGAGAGAGGAGAGAGAGAGGAGAAAGAGAGAGAGAGAUAAAAUAGAGAGGAAAGAGAGAGAGAGAGAGAGAAAGUAUAGAGAGCGAAGACUUUUAGAAAUUCAAGAUAUAUAUAAUAAUCUCAAUAUAUCCUCCUAUCUCUCUCCCUCUCUCUCCCUCUCCCUCUCUCUCCCUCCUUACUGCAGUCUUUCGUCCUCCAUGUUCUCCGCCACCUUUGCUAUACGCAUACCUCCAAAGCUGGCCCCGCCCCCUUUGCCACUUUCUGUUCCACCACCUGUUUCUGAUGUCACUUCAUGUCUGACUUCACUUCCUGUGUCUCUGUCUCUCCCCCUCACAGGCAGCCCUGGCCUCCUCUGGAGGACUAUACUGUCUCCACGGCUGCGCUGUAAAUAUUCGCCCGUAGACACUGCAAGAGCAUUGCAUGAAAUCACAAGAAACAUUGCAUGAAACUGUGCAUUAGCAUUGUUUAUUUAUUGUACGAGACAUUGCAUGAACACUGGAUAAAACAUUGGGGGGAAACUUUGCAUAACUCAUUGCAUGAGCAUUGCAAGUUCAUUGCCUGGAAAUAGCAUGACUUAAAAUGUAAUACAAUUAAAAAAUAUAUGUUUUAUUGUCACAUACACCGGAUAGUUGCAGUGAAAUGUCUUGUUUUACAGGGUCAGCCAUAGUAGUACAGCACCUCUGGAGCAAAUUAGGGUUAAGUGCCUUGGUCAAGGGCACAUAGACAGAUUUUCACCUUGUCAGACCAGCGACCUUUCGGUUAUUGGCCCAACGCUCUAACCGCUAACAUUCCAAAAGCAUCAUCUGUGUUUACAUUGAAUGUCUGUAUUUACAGCAUGCUGAAUCUUAAAUUGAUAGUGUUUAACAUCUCAGGAACCACUUGAACAUGAUACGAUCCAAUAAUUCUCUGAAGAAAAUGUGUAUCUGGAGAGCGCCCAUUGCUUGGCCCCUGCUGACACUAACCAGACUCAUACAUGACUGCUUCAGAUACCCUGUGAGAAGUGAGAUCUGUGUCCUUGCAGACUGCUGUGUUUUGCGCACACAGGCACACAUGCAUGCACACACACACACACACACACACACAUAGCACUCUGUCUCCUUUGCUGGAAUGUUGCCCUUAAUGAACUAAACUGUGCUACAUGCAGUAGAGUCACAACAUCUUCAAUCUUAGUAAAAGCCAGGACAAGGAGCAUUUUCAGCAACUGUUUAUUUAUUUGGUGCCUUCAGGAGGUGAACCCAAUGCAAGCAAUAGCGGAUUCUGAAAAUGCCCGUGUGUCAAUCACCUUCUUCCGACUGUUCCGUGUGAUGCGUCUGGUGAAAUUGCUGAACCGUUCUGAGGGGAUCCGGAACCUUCUGUGGACCUUCAUCAAGUCCUUACAGGUCAGAGUUCUCUCAAUUUUUUUGCCUUUCAUUCUGUAAGAUUCAUUAAAAUGUUGCCUUUCAAAAGUCUCAGGAUUUGAUUGGUCAGUGUGCACCAGUCUGACAAUGUGAUUGGUUGUUGUGUUGCAGGCUCUGCCCUACGUCGCCCUACUCAUCCUCAUGCUGUUCUUCAUCUACGCUGUGGUUGGGAUGCAGGUAUUGGACACACACACACACACACAGACACACACACAGACGCACACACACACACACACACACACACACACACACACACACACACACACACACACACACACACACACAGACAGACACACACACAGACACACACAGACAGACUCUCUGAUGAGUUGUGUGUCUGUCUCCUGCAGAUAUUUGGUAAGAUAGCGCUGUUAGACGGGACUUACAUCAACAGGAACAACAACUUCCAGACAUUCCCCCAUGCUGUGCUGCUGCUCUUCAGGUGGGGGAUCUGAUCUAUCAGUCCACUAACUCUGUUUCCAUUAUCUUCCAUUCACUUUGCAGUCACUUUACACAGCAGACUCGUAUAGCAAGAGUACCUUACACUCAGUGAUUACAACACAAGGGCUGAAAACAAGUUGUACUCUCUCUCCCCUACCCUCCUCUCUCCCUCUUCAUCCCUCUCUCUCUCCCUCUCUCUCCCCCUCCCCCUCUCUCCUGCUUCCUCCCUCUCUAUAUCUCUCUUUCUCUUUCCCUCCCUCUCUCUCUCUCUCUCUCUCUCUCCCUCCAGGUGUGCGACAGGUGAGGCGUGGCAGGAAGUAAUGUUGGCGUGUCUGUAUGGGAAGAGGUGUGACCCUAAGUCAGACUACCUGCCUGGGGAGGAGAUGACCUGUGGAGCCAGCUUCGCCAUCAUCUACUUCAUGAGCUUUUACAUGCUCUGUGCCUUCCUGGUGAAUGACACACACACAUGCAUACACACAAACACACACACAUUUGCAUGCACAGACAUAUAUACACACGCACAUGCACACACACACACACACACACACACACACACAUAUGAUGCUGUUGUCCUCCACAGAUUAUCAACCUGUUUGUGGCGGUCAUCAUGGACAACUUCGACUAUCUUACACGUGAUUGGUCCAUUCUCGGUCCUCAUCACCUGGAUGAGUUCAAGAAGAUCUGGGCAGAGUACGACCCAGAGGCCACGUAAGUGUGUGUGUUUGUUACCCCUUCAUGUACUAUAUGUGGACUGUAAAAAUGGGGCCUACAGGUUUAUCUUAUGAUGCGUCUUUUCAUCCUAAUAUCAGUGUACUGCAGUUAGAUUAUUUACAGUAGCUGUUGUUUUUUCCCCUCCUGUCCUGCAGGGGGCGUAUUAAGCACCUGGACGUGGUGACUCUGCUGCGUAGGAUCCAGCCUCCUCUGGGCUUUGGAAAGUUCUGCCCCCAUAGAGUAGCCUGCAAGGUGAGAGAUACAGGAGAGAAUCUGUUCAUUUAUUGUAUGUUAAUUUAACAUAUCUAUUAAUGCAGCAGACAUCUUUUUUAAUGAUAUCUUUAUUGAUUCUGCCUGCAGAGACUGGUGUCCAUGAACAUGCCACUCAACAGUGACGGAACGGUCACCUUUAAUGCUACGCUGUUCGCACUGGUCAGGACCGCACUGAAGAUCAAGACUGAAGGUGUGUGUGUGUCAGUCAAUUACAGAGUACUGUAGUCAGUGUCUGGUCCAAUUGAAAGUGUAUUAAUAUCCCCGCCUCACUGUUGUUAUCUCAUUGGUCAGGCAACUUUGAGCAGGCCAAUGAGGAGCUGAGGGCCAUCAUCAAGAAGAUCUGGAAACGCACCAGUAUGAAGCUGCUGGACCAGGUCAUCCCACCAAUCGGAGGUGAGUUCAAACAUCCUAUCGUAAUCCUCAACUUUAUAGUCCCACAACAAGUUGUCCAUUCUAAUUUGUUGCCAUGUUUGAUUGGUGUGUGUGUGUGUGUCAGAUGAUGAGGUGACCGUGGGGAAGUUCUACGCCACCUUCCUGAUCCAGGACUACUUCAGGAAGUUGAAGAAGAGACAAGAGGAGUACUAUGGCUUCCGCCCCACCAAGAAGAACGCCACCAACGAGAUACAGGUGAGACCUUAGCCACCUCAGAAUUUGAUAAUUGCAUACCUUCUAGUUAUCUUAAUGACGUGUAAUAUAAAUGUAAUCUAGACUUUUUAUGAAUGAUCUAACAAGUCUUAAUUUGUAUCCCCUCACCAUAUCCCUCUCUCUCUAACCCUCUCUACCAGGCAGGUCUGAGGAGCAUUGAGGAGGAGGCGGCUCCAGAGCUGCAGAGAGCCAUCUCAGGAGACCUGAUGAAUGAGGAGGAGAUGGACAGAGCCAUGGAGGACGCAGCGGAGGAGGGAAUCUUCAGGGUGAGAGUAGAGAGGGUGUGGGGCGAGGUAGGGAGGACAAGUUCAGGGUGAGAAGAAAGAGAAUAAAACUCCUCUCUGUUGUGAAUGUUGUCACUUUCUUCCUCCCAGCGGGCGGGCGGUCUGUUUGGGAACCACGUUGAUUCCUUCACCAUGGAGGAAGGAACCCGUAACCCUAACGCUACACAGGUCAUACUUUCAUAAUUUCAACCAUUUCAGUAUUAACACUUACAGUAUGUAACCUUCUUCAGACACAAAGUGCUUUACAUGGUAUGGACUCUGAGUUUUUCCAGAUCACGUAGACAGGAAAAACUCCUGUCCUGAUGGAGGUAACUCUGUGUCUCCAUGCAGGUGACCAGCCAGCGGCCCCUGCAGAUGAGCAGGUCAGACGACGGGGAGGCUACCAGCUCACCUGCCUACAAUGCAAACGAGGACUUCUUCUCCUCAACGCCUAACAAAACUAACAACAACAAUGUCAACAACAACGCCAGGGAGAGGUGAGUGUGUGUGUGUGUGAGUGCUCAUUUUUGUGUGUUUUGUGUGUUUCUUUUCCUUACCUGAGAGGUCACAUUACACAGUAAUAAAGCAGGUGGAUAACAAGCUGACUCUUUGUCCUUCUGUAGCUUUUCUUAUGGGACACAUGACCGGGUUCAGGUCUAUACCAUCUCAACCAGCAGAAGUUCGCAAGACAGAGACUGGCAGCUGCAGACAGUAGCUGGACCCAGCCAGGACCCUGAGACCCACAGAGAGCUCCUCAGCCCCCAGAAAGCCCAGGCCCACGGCCCAGACAGCGCCUUCGAUACACUCAUACAGGAAGUGAGUGGAGAGACCAGGCACUGCAUUUCACACAUACUGAAUUCAUAUUGUAUUAAUGAUAUUGACAUGGAACACUAGUCAAAACGCCCUGACAUUUUGACAGACACUUGGAGUCAUUCUCUCUCGCUCUCUUCUCAUGUCUUUCACCUCUGUUAGGUCUUGAUAAACGGGGGGUUGGAGAGCUUGGCCAGGGACCCUCGUUUUGUGUUGGUGACGAAACAGGAAAUGGCUGAAGCUUUGAACUUUGAUCCUGUGGACAUGGAGAGUUCUGCUACUGAGCUUAUGAAUGGUCGCAGAGGGAGGGUUGCCACACCUCCAAUCAGGCCCCCUCGCAGAUCACAGAGAAAGGCCAACCAAUCAACAACACCCAAAGAUGUUGUGUAGGACAAUAGGCCUGUCUCGCGUAGCACCACAGCAUGUCAUCGAGUGACAUAACCUGCUGAGGCAUAAAUGCUAAAUGACAAAAAAUAAAAAAAUAUGACAGUCCUUACUGCAGGGUGUC